UGGAUGAUGAAAGUGUAUGAAUUUUAUUUUUGUGAUCAAAAUGAAAAUAUCCUAACUUGUGAUCAAUUAGGCAGUUUACCCUAUAUAUAUAUAUAUGUAUAUAUUUGUUUUCACUGUGUGAUAUAAUCUGGUAGAUGGGAAGUAUAUGAAAACCUGUUGUUUUAACAAGAAGCGAUCCGUCUUUAAGAACAGAAAGUCUAUAAGUGUCACAAUUUUCCGCUGCCCUUGUUCAUCUCAAAUUUACAAGAAAAAGGCAUGAAUAGUGUCCCUACAAAAGCAGCUAAAGCCAUUAACUUUCUUAACCAAAAUCGACUUAGAGGUAUUAAAUCUUUGUGCAAUAGAGGUGAACUUCAACAAGAGUCCAAGUUGAUUCAAUUAGAUUCUUCAUUUUACAUGCAAAUUUUGCAGCUUUGCAUCGAUUCUAAAGCCAAAAAGCAAGCCCUUCUAGUUCACAGUCAAAUUAUAAAAAAUGGGUAUUCUUCAAAUGUCCAUUUAGGUACCAAAUUAAUCAUUUUCUAUGCCAAAUUUGGUAACAUGGUGGCUGCAAAGAAGGUGUUUGAUAAAAUGGCUGAAAGAACUGUUGUGUCAUGGACAGCAAUGAUAUCAGGGUAUUCUCAAAAUGGGUUUUUUGAGAAUGCUUUGUUGGUGUUUGCAGAGAUGAGAAAAGCAGGUUUUAAGGGUAACCAGUUUAGUUAUGGGAGUACACUUAAAGCUUGUACCGGUUUGAGGUAUUUUAAAGGUGGGAUGCAAAUUCAAGGGUGUAUUGAGAAAGGGAGGUUUGUUGGCAACUUGUUUGUUCAGAGUGGGUUACUUGAUCUGCACGCAAAGUGUGGAGACAUGGAGGAUGCGAGUCGGUUGUUUUAUGGAAUGGGAAGAAGGGAUUUGGUUUCUUGGAACGUGAUGAUUGGUGGAUUUGUACUUCAGGGUCUUGCUGACAAGGCAUUUCAGUUGCUUCGACAAAUGAUGAGAGAAGGAAAUGUCCCUGAUUGCUUCACAUUGGGCAGUGUUUUGAGAGUCUCCUUUGGAGAUGAUGGUAUUAUGAAGAUCGGUCAAGUACAUGGACUGAUACACCAACUAGGGUUUGAAUCGCAUAAUGUGUUGGCUGCAUCACUUGUUGAUGCUUAUUCUAAAUGUGGAAGUUUGCAGUGUGCUUUAAAGUUGUAUAAAAACAUGCCUAUGAAAGACAUUAUAUCUUGCACGGCCUUGAUCACUAGCUUCGCACGUGAAGACAAACACAAUAGAGAUGCUUUGGAUCUCUUUAAGGAAAUAAAUUCACUGCAAGUGGAAAUGGAUGAUGUGAUAUUAUGCUCUGUUCUUAACGUAUGUGCUAAUGUAGCAGACUUGAAGUUGGGAAGGCAGAUCCAUGCUUGUUAUUUGAAAUGUCAACCUACUAAUGACGUGGCAAUGGGCAAUGCUCUAAUUGACAUGUAUGCAAAAUGUGGGGCAAUAAAAGAUGCUAACAAGGUGUUUAAUGAAAUGGAUGAGAGAAAUGUGAUUUCGUGGACAUCACUUAUUGCUGGGUACGGAAAGCAUGGAUAUGGACAUGAGGCAAUUGCAUUAUAUGAGAAAAUGGAGCAUGAAAGGAUGAAGCCUAAUGGUGUAACUUUUUUGUCCCUCCUUUUUGCUUGCAGUCAUACUGGGUUGAUUAACAAAGGUUCAGAGUUGUUUAAUGCGAUGGUCAGCAAAUACGGGAUAUUGCCCCAAGCUGAGCAUCUUUCCUGCAUGGUGGAUCUCUUUGCACGUGGAGGGCAGUUAGAAGCUGCUUAUGAACUGAUACGUUUGAUGAAUAUUGAGCCUACCCCAUCACUUUGGGGUGCCAUUCUUGGGGCUAGUAACAUCUAUGGCAACAUGAACUUGGGAGAAGAGGCAGCCACACACCUUUUCAAUAUGGACCCAGAGAAGUCAGUUAACUACAUUGCUUUAGCUGGUUUAUAUGCAGGAGCUGGUGCAUGGGAAAAUGCUUGGGAGACACGUAAAUUAAUGGAUGAAAGACGUGCUGUUAAGGAUCCAGGAUACAGCCUUCUCAGUUCUGCAGAUAAGGAAAUGAUGCUUUUGAAGCCAAGUUGAAAUGGUCGUCUUAUUAUUGUUAAAGUGGGAAAUACACAGCUGUAUUUACAACUUUCCAAGACACUUAAACUCGCAGUGAUGGUUAAGAAGAGAUGGAGCAAUGGUUUGUUUAUUUUCAUUCUACUGGCAGGACAUCAAUCUGCUCCUUCUAGUAGCUGGACGGCUUCGGAACAUCUAGUUAUAUGUAUACCCUGAGAUGUCAAAUAUGCAUUACAUUUUCACUUUAUAUAUGCUAAAUGACUUCCCUUUUGGGUUAGUUGCUGUCUAA